AAAACAAAAAAAAAAGCCACUGUACAAUUAACCCACCAUCUAUCUUCACACGUAUGAUUUUAGCAUUCCCACGACAACUCAUCACAUCACACCACACACACACACGCACACACAGAUUACCGUCUUUUCCUCUUCCAUAUAUAAAUGCAGCCUCAAGGCUGAAACAGUGGAGGCUCAGUUUUCCAUUUUCUCAUAGAGCGACUAAUACUCCAUAAUGGGCGAGAAAAACAAGAACAACGAAGGAGGGCAAAAGGAAGGAGACAACAAGAAGAAAAACAAUGUCACCGUCGUUUUGAAAGCCGACCUGCACUGCGAAGGCUGCACAUCCAAAGUCGUCAAGCGCAUCCGCUCUUUUGAUGGCGUCGACACAGUAACGGCCGGCGACGGCCAGAAGAUAACGGUGGUGGGGAGCCUGGAUCCGGCCAAGCUCCGGGAGAAGGUGGAGAAGAAAACCCGCAAGAAGGUGGAGCUCAUUUCGCCCCAGGCCAAAAAAGGGGACGGCGAUGACAAAGGCAAAGAGGAUGAAAAUGGGAAAAAGGAUAAGAAGAGUGAAUCCAAGGAGAAGAAAGGCUCAGAUGACAAAUCUGAUCAGAAAAAAUCAAAGGAUAAAGAGACAGCAGUUACGACGGCUGUGUUUAAGGUGAAUUUGCACUGCGAAGGAUGCAUCGACAAGAUUUACAGAACCGUCUCCAAAACUAAAGGUUACGAGGACAUGAAGAUUGACGGCCAGAAGGACCUGGUGACGGUGACCGGCGCGAUUGACAUGAAGGCUCUGGCCGAGGCGCUCUCGGAGAAGCUGAAAAAGAACGUCUCGAUUGUGCCGCCCAAGAAGGACGGAGAGAAGAAGGAGAACGGCGGCGACGACAAGGGGAAAGACGGCGGCGAUAAGGCGGAGGGGAACAAGAUGCAGACGCUGCUGGGCGGGUACCCGUACCCGUUUAUGCCGGGUCCGGUGGUUAUCGGGGAGCAGCUUCAUUAUAACCCGUACCCGGCUUACCAGUACUAUGCGCCCGGGAUUUUCAGCGACGAGAACCCGAACGCCUGCACCGUCAUGUGAGGGUGGGGACAGCAAGGUGUAAAUAACAAGUAUUGGAAGGGCAUUUGUGUCAUUUUGAAGCCGUCCUUGGGUAUCUUUUUCUCUGGUCAAUUUUAAUAGGCCUUACUUUCGUUUUUGUCGUCGAUUUUUGAAUCCUUAUCGAACUUAGAGAAUGGAUGUGGCAUUUUAAUGGUUGCAAUGAAAUUAUAUAGUUGGCUUAUCUUUGGACUUCAGUUCAGCUUCAUUGGAUUUUUUUUUUUAAAUUUAUUUUCAUAUAUUCUUUGAAGAAUAUGAUUAUGUCAAUAUAUAUUUGAUAGUAUUGUCAUUUUUAAAGAAUUGAUGCCGCAUAUGGGCCGUUGAGUAUUAUAGUAGAAUCAGCAUAAAUGUAUUGAAGUUUGUUAAUGAAAUAAUUAAUACAAAGAAUAUUGUUGGGGAU